AAAUAAAUAGUGUCUUCUGCUUUGUUAGGUUACCCGGGCUAGGUUUCUUGCGAUCGCGAACUUGUCCAUUUAACAGUCAUGUCGUCUGCGCUCAAUUGGUGACGUCAUUUGCAGGUCGCCUCACGUCAGCACGAUGGCAGGACUUCAGUACUUGUCUGGAUUUGGGAAUGAGUUUACAUCUGAGGAUCCACGGUGUCCUGGAUGUUUGCCUAAAGGACAGAACAGUCCACAACAGUGUCCAUAUGGUCUGUAUGCUGAACAGCUUUCAGGUGCAGCAUUCACUGCUCCAAGGAAAGAAAACCAACGCAGCUGGCUCUACAGAAUCCGACCAUCUGUUCUGCAUCAGCCAUUCACAGUAGAAGAAAAGGGCUUGCUGACUCAUGAUUGGAACAGUGUUCAACCCAAUCCAAAUCAGUUAAGGUGGAAACCAUUUAACAUCCCAAAUGUUGAUGAAGAGAAAGUGGAUUUUGUUCAGGGUCUUGCAACAAUUUGUGGAGCAGGUGAUCCCAAAGCUCGUCAUGGUCUUGCUAUCUACAUCUACACCUGUAACAUUCCAAUGGGAGAAAAGUGUUUCUACAGUUCUGAUGGUGACUUUCUUAUAGUUCCACAGCAGAGAGGACUGUUUAUAACCACAGAGUUUGGUCGUAUGCAAGUUGACCCCAAUGAGAUUUGUGUGAUUCAGCGUGGAAUUCGUUUCAACAUCAGUGUGGAUGGACCAUCCCGAGGAUAUGUUUUGGAGGUCUUUGAUGGACAUUUUGAGUUACCAAACUUGGGACCUAUUGGUGCUAAUGGACUGGCCAAUCCUAAAGAUUUCUUGACCCCUUGUGCUUGGUAUGAAGAUCGUGAUGUCACAGGAUACACAGUUAUCAGCAAGUAUCAUGGCCACCUUUUCUCAUGUAAACAGAACCAUUCUCCAUUUGAUGUAGUGGGUUGGCAUGGGAACUAUGCACCAUACAAAUAUGACCUCAGUAAAUUCAUGGUCAUUAACUGUGUGGCAUUUGAUCAUGCGGAUCCUUCAAUCUUCACUGUUCUCACUUGCCCUUCAUUGAGGGCAGGCACAGCUAUAGCAGAUUUUGUGAUAUUUCCUCCACGAUGGUCUGUCCAGGAGAAAACAUUCCGCCCUCCAUAUUAUCACAGAAAUUGCAUGAGUGAGUUCAUGGGCCUUAUUAAGGGAACUUAUGAAGCAAAGGAGGGUGGUUUUCAGCCAGGAGGUGGUAGUCUGCACAGCAUAAUGACACCUCAUGGCCCAGAUGCUGAAUGCUUUGAAAAAGCUUCAAAGGCAGAACUCAAGCCAGAGAAAAUUGCUGUAGGCACAAUGGCAUUUAUGUUUGAGUCAUCUUUGAGCAUGGCAGUCACGGAAUGGGCUAACACCAGUAGCAUUGACCCAGAUUACUACCAAUGCUGGCAGCCACUAAAAAAACACUUUGACCCCAACUGGAAGCCUACAGGUAUAUUGUCCCAUACAAUAUGUGAAAACAUGGCAAUGUAGCAGAAGAAAAGACCACUUUAGGAAUUUUUAGGAGAAAAUAAAGUGUGCCUGAAUUUUUCUAUAUUACAUGCAUUCUUGCAAUGUUGCCAGAUCACAAUUUAUUUGAUAAGCUUACAUGCUAGAAAUUAUCAUUGAAAACAAUUAAGAAUGUAUUAAAGAUUUUCCAGCUAAAUGAGCUGGGCUGUUAUUGUGAAAAGGUUGAUAUUUGUGAAAGUUAGGGCAUAUUGUUCUGUUCCUUUUAACAAGUCUUAUUCUGUAUUUAAGCAAAGAUAUCUGCCUUACCUACUGACCAGCUGCAACUGUCCUGUUUUUCUAAAAAAAAUAAACAGUUGUAUUAUGUAAACUACAAUUUUUUUUUUUCAUGGUCACAGUCUGCAAAUGAAAUUUACUGUUGGCAUAUCAUGGAACCAUACAGUGGGUGACCCCAGGCCACCUCAGGCUAGUACAACAUCACGGCCAGUAGAGUUUAUCAAGUGAAUGGCAUAUGGAAUAAAUGUUCCCGUGUAAUAAAAAUUAUGAAGAACACUUGUUAUUGUGAAGCUAUUGUCAUAAGCUAACUUAAUCCUGUUUCAGAUGACAAAGAACCGCAGACCUUCUCUUUCUGAAGAAGCAUCGUCUGUUUCAAAAAAAAAAAAAAAAAAAAAAAAAAAAUGAGAUUUGGUCUGAAUGUGCAGAUGUUGAUCUUUCCAGAUUCAAGACUACCCUUGUUAUUCACAAAAUAGUAUGCUGAAUCUUUCACCUAAUUGAAAGAAGUGAUAAUGUUUCUUUGUAAAACUAUGCUGUAUACUUUUGACACUAGAUGAGGGUCACUGGUUUGUGGGAAAUAUUACCAUUAUCUUAAGGUAUAUAUUCUUAUUUUAAAAACAUCAUUAUAGAGAGAAUUUUUAAAAAUAUAUUUGACAUGCUGUAGUGUGAUUGACCAACAUCAGAAAAUAAAUUUUUAAGAGCUUAAAGGUUGUAUUAAAAUUUUCAUUAUACCCAUUGCAUUUAAAAAAAAACAGUUAUUUUUUGAAAACUUACUCAUUCAACUCGUCCAAAGAAAUGUGUUUGUUCAGGUGUCCAAGUGGAGACUGAAUAUUAUGGAUCUGCUUAAAAAAUGAUCAUAUUCUUUUUGUCUCCAAUGUUAAAUAUUUACUCAUUUUUACCCAUUUACAUAAACUGCUUUUAAGUGAUUUUGCCUUACAGGAUGGGCCUUUUCCAAUUUAUAUGCAUGUGAUAUACAGUAAUGUGUUUUUGAAGUUUACCUUUUGCUACAUGCUUGCUUGAUGCAACUGGUAUCAGAUUUCUGGUAAAAGGUAGUAAUAUUCUGCUAUGAAGUUAGGAAAUUCUAGUUUUUGUCGAAAACUGGACCAUAUAUAUAUAUUUAGAAUGUUGAAAGCUGAACAUUCCUGUGUGGAUGUGUGAUGGAAAGGAGAGACCCUCAUCAAUGAUUUUUAUGGCUGGUUCAUUAACAUGUUCCCGUUGUAUCUGGACUGCAUUUAAUUUCAGAUUAGCAACAGUAAAACAAAUAUUCCAGAAUGUAUUUUAAAAUUUACUUUUUCAAGUAAAUUGCCUAUUAUGAGUGUGGACAGAUCGGUACAUUAAAACAUUUCAUUCAA